AUGCGCGAGAGCCUCCGUCGCCUAGCGGGUUCCAGUUCAGAGGACGGCAUGGAGUCACGGCCUACUGGCACCAGGAGAGUCCGCAUCGAGCUACUCGAUGGAGAGCAUAUCAACGUGGAUAUAGAUCGUAAAGCUCGGGGAUCCGAUCUCCUCGACAAAGUAUGUGACAAUUUGGAUAUAGUAGAGAAAGACUUCUUUGGAUUACUGUACGCACAGCGGGGCGAUUCACGCGCCUGGCUGGAUCUGGAAAGAAGAUUGUCUAAGACAUUCAGAAACGAACCCUGGGACGUGCGCUUUGUGGUGAAAUUCUACCCUCCUGAGCCGUCGGAACUUCGCGAUGACAACACCAGGUACCAACUGGGCUUGGCUGUUCGACGUGAUUUAAUAGAAGGCCGCUUAACUUGUUCAACGAUCACUCACGCUCUCCUUGCUUCGUACGUGUUGCAAGCGGAGUUGGGAGAUAGAGAGGGAAGAGUGAGUGGUGCAUUGUUAUCCUCCCAUCUGGCUGUCCCGCUGCAGGUCCUCACAGAAGAUUUGGAGGACAAAGUCGACGAGCUUUAUAGAAAACAUAAAGGUCAAACACCAGCGGAAGCCGAACUAAACUACCUUGAAAAUGCUAAAAAGAUAUCAUUAUAUGGUGCGGAACUACAUCCGGCGAAAGACUCCGAGGAUAUUGAUAUAUCGCUGGGCAUUUGCGCGCGAGGUGUUACCGUACUCAGAGACGGCAUACUAAUGAACCGCUUCCCCUGGACUAAGAUAACCAAGAUAAGCUAUAAUAAGCGAAUCUUUACUCUGAAGCUGCGUGCCAGCGAGUUCGAUGAAUGCGAGACGUAUCUAAGCUUCCGACUACCCUCAACACGUGCCUGCAAAAAACUGUGGCGAUGCAGUGUCGAAAAUCACAUGUUCUUCAGACGCGAGGCGCCCGUGCGGGUGGCGCGCUGCGCCGGCCUGCCGCGGUUCGGCAGCCGGCGCGUGUCGUGCCGCCGCACGCUGCGCCAGCUCCGCGCUGCCCUCCCCACUCCUGCUGCUUAG